GCCAGUGCCAGCCACCAGGCCAGGGCGGCAGUCCGCCGAGUUCCUCCGUUCCCCGCCACCGCGACGUGGACCCCGCGCCCAGCGACGCGCCGCGCUCGACACCGACACCACCACACCCCUUCGCGGCGAAACACACUUGUGCAUGUUGGCACUGACUUGGGCGGCGCUUUCCGAACCAUGACCGCCGUCAGGUAGAUCGACAGGCCAUGGAGACGCGGAUAGUGCCUCAGAUGUGGGGGCCGUUCCCCAACGCGGUGCCGGCGCCCUUCUUCAAGGCGGGCGCGGGUGGCGUCGCCUCCGGGCCGGGUGCCGCCCCCGGCCAGGCCAACCUGGGCGCGCUCUGGGGGGCGCUGGGGGAGCUCGCCGAUCAGAUGCUGGACUUGAGCAUCUUGGACAACUUGGACGUGGCCCUGAGCCCCGGCAAAGCCGUCAAGCCGCCCCCCGACGCCUACAUGUGCCACCUGUGCUUCAACAAGGGGCACUACAUCAAGGACUGCCCCCAGGCGCGGCCGAAGGGGGAAGGCCUGACUCCAUACCAAGGCAAGAAGAGGUGUUUUGGAGAGUACAAAUGCCCUAAGUGUAAGCGAAAAUGGAUGUCUGGAAAUAGCUGGGCAAAUAUGGGUCAGGAGUGUAUCAAGUGUCAUAUUAAUGUAUAUCCUCAUAAACAGAGGCCGUUAGAAAAACCUGAUGGCCUGGAUGUUUCCGAUCAAAGUAAAGUCCAUCCCCAACAUCUCUGUGAGAAAUGCAAAAGCCUUGGAGUUUACUGCCGAAAGGUUCAAUAAUUUCACUCUUUGUAAAACGUUUUUAUCUCAAGAUGUUUUGAGUGCAUGGUUUCCAGAUUAAGUAGGUUGCACACCUGUAGUAGAACCUGAAAGUCGAUCAUGGUAUACAUAGGCACCAAGGUUCCAAAAAUACAAGUACUAUGUAAUUUUGAUGUAAUUCUUUAAUGUAUAUUAAGUAAUGGAAGAUUAUUUUAUUAGAGUUAAUUUUUGAAUAAAUGUUGAAUGAAUGAAAAUUUUGAAAAAGGAAAAGUUAAUUCUAAUUUGUUCAAAUUUGAGUUAACAAAUAAGUCUGAAUCAUUUUGGUGCUCUUAUCUAUAAUUAGAAUGCUGCUUUUCCCCUUGAAUGGAAGAUAAUUUCAUACAUGUUGUGGCAUAGUAUUUCAAAUUUGGGAGAAUAGUACAAGGCAAAGGAACUAGAUUCUUACUGGUGUAAAAUAAAUCAGAAUCAGGUGAACUGAGAGGCAGGUAGUUGUUUUGAUCAAGUUAAGUAAUAUGAUCCUGCUAUCAAACAGUAAUGUGUAAAUAUUGAGAAAGAAGCACAGAUUGAAUUUCGAACAUUGUAUUCAGAUAAUACAAUUUUGUAAUCUUAAGAUUAGAAGAAUUUUCUAUGGUUUGUAUAUGACAAUGUCUUUUUGCUUUCACUUCACAUAUUGCUGCAUGUAAAAAUGUAUUUUUGUGAACCGAAAAAAAAUCUUUAAAAGGGCAACAAAUCAAUUCAUAACUUCAACCCCUUUCAUGUAAGUAGUGACUAGAACUGUGAGUUACACAUUGAGGGUUGCCUAAGUUACCAUUCUCCAUCUGAAAUGCUUUCGAUGAUAACAUCACUGUUAUCACUUUCUUCGUCACUAGAUUCCUGCAUCACAACACCCGCAUCUUCGUAGGUGAUAAGCUCAACUAUGGCCCUGAAAUAUACAAAUUUUA